AUGAAUUACUAUGCAAGUUUUUUAUUUUAUUGCGAAAAAAACAAUAAAUGUUUAAUGGUUAAAAAUAAUAAUAAUAAAUUAUAUAAAGCAGUUCCACACAAUUUUUAUGGUUUCCCAUCACUUACUCUGGAAAUAGAUAAUGAAAAUUGUAGCAGUAUCAAUAAUGAAGUAUCACUAAAUAAUCAUUCAUUUAUAAACCAAUUACCAAUCGAAAUACUUGAAAAAAUGUUUAAUAAUAAAAGGUCAUUUAAAAAAGAAUCAAUCUACUAUUUAGGUAGUUUAGUUACACCCUAUUAUUAUCAACAAGCGAAAAGAAAUUAUUUCAAUUACUUUUUAGUACUAGUAAAUGACUGUAACUCAAUCAAUAAAACGAGAUUAGAGCAUGCAUUGUCCGAAUCAAUAUCACCUAAUGAUCCUGCUUAUGCUGGUGGUUCAAAAGAGAAAACAUUAGAAAUAUCACUAGAUUGGAAAGAACCAAAAGAAUUUUUAAAUGAUUUCCAUAACAACAGUAGAUUUAUUACACCAGAAACCCUUUAUUUAUUACAAAUGCUUUCAUACUUUGAAAAGGAUAGAUUUGACCCAUUAGUUAACGAGGAGGAUGAAGACAACCUUGGUAUUCAAGUAAAAAUGGAGUAUGCACCAUUCAUAGAGUCCAUUCCUGUUAGAUCCAGUACAUUAUUUCCAUUCAACACCACAAAUCUUAUUUUAUCUCAAAACGAAGGCCAUGUGCUUUUAGUUGAUCCAGGUGCUAACAAAGAUGGUACUGCUCAUAUGGUUAACAUCAUCGAAAAGAGAUUAAAAAACCAUCUCGAUAAUAAUGGCAAGAACCUUUCAAUAUUUAUUACUCAUAAUCAUUUUGAUCAUUGGGAAGGUAUUCACCUUUUAGAAGAGAAAUUCCCAGAAGCUACAGUCUAUGCCCAUCAUAAAACUUUAGCAAACGUUAGAACAAAAUUAAAAAAAGUGUCAGUUGUAGGUUUGCCAUUAACAAAUAAAGAAAGUGUUGAUCAAAUUAUUAAUGAUGUCUCUCCAGAAUCACUUGGCGAUAAAUUAUACACUCAAGAAAAAUUAAUCAUUGGAAAUGGUAAUCGAAUAUUCCAUGUUAUUUCAUCACCAGGCCACACUGACGACUCUUUAUGUCUCUACGAUAAACAUAGUAAAACUUUAAUUGCAGGUGAUCAUAUUGUAGGUUUUGGUUCAUCUGUUUUAGACUUUCACACUGGCGAUAUGAGACAAUACCUCCAUACCACCCAAGGUCUCAUAGAUUUUCUCGAACCUAAUAUAGCCAUACCAGCACACGGCCCUACUAGCUACGACCCAAUAGUACUCUUAAACAAUUAUAUCAAACAUAGAUUAAUUCGUGAAGAAGAAAUCCUCAAUGCUUAUAAAUCUGGCAAAUGUUCCUUAACCGAAAUUUUAGAUGUAGUUUAUGGUAAUAUUGAUUCAAGUUUAAAAUUAAUGACCAUGGGCAAUAUUAAAUUACAUUUAGAUAAAUUAAAACAAGAUGGUAAAAUUAAUUAA